AUGCUCUCUGCGGCGCGCCGGUCCUUGCUCGCUGGAUCCAGCUCGACAGCGACCCUCCUCGACCGCCAUCACCGUCUCGCCGCAACUCUCGUCUCGCACUGCGCGCAACAAGCACAGCAGCAGGCGUUCUCUACGUCCGCGAAUGCAGCAUAUCCGCUGCGGCAUCGGCUCUCGAAGGAGCAAUGGAUGGAGCGCAAGGACAAGCUCGAGAAACGACGGAAGAUCAGGGAGGCGCGCAAGGUGCGGCAGGUGCACAAGGAGUUCGUGCAUGCAGAAGUAGCGAUGAAGAGACGGCAGGAAGUCGAGGAGAAGCAGGAGAUGGGCGAGGAAAUUGUCCGGACAGUCGCGCCACUGAGUCCAGAGGAGCUCGAAGCGGUCUACAAGGGUCUCAUCCUCGCCCCGCCCGAAGAUCUCGCACCGCUCCUCAUCCCCCCUUCCAACAUUCCCGCCCUACCAGAUCCCGCCGUCGAAUCUCGCGUCCGGCGAGAUCGAGUAGAGCAGAUUGCGGAGCGGCUGCAAGAGUUUGAGGCGGAAUUGGCAGAAGAGACGAAGCAGUUAGCGGCACCAGAGGAGGAGGAAGGGGAACCUCGACCGUCUCUCGCAGCCCGGUUACGGCGAUCGCGGGCAGAGAAUGCGGCGGAGCUUGCGCUUGCGCAGAUGCAGCCUUCACUCCCGCUCGUCCCGACUACGACUUCGGCACGGGCAUUAAUCGACUACCUCGAGACGAUUACGCCGGAAGACGAACCCGUUGCGCGGCAAGAUGCGGAGCUGGCGGAGCUGCCGCGGGGCCUGCUAUCAAGGGCAGAGUGGAGCGACCUUGUGCUGGCAUCGGCGUUGGACGGCGACCGAGAAGGCGUCUUCAAGGCGUUGCAGCUAAUGAACCGAACAACACCCAUCUCGGAAGGCAAGGUACUCGAAAACGCCCUCGCCAUCUACGCCGCGCAAGGUCAACCUCAGGAAGCGCUCGCCUUGGCGAAGUUUGCCCGAGAGAACCGCCUCCCGAUCUCGCUCAUCGCCCAUCACCAGCUUCUCACAUCGCUCCUCCCCUCUCAUCCAGAACUCGCCCUCCGGCACCUUAAAGCCAUGGAGGCUGCCGGCUACACCCCCCUCCGCGAGACAUACACGGCUGUCACGAAGCGCCUCGUCUCCUCCUCCAGUCCCAACCUCGUCCGCGAAGGCUGGGACCUAUACAGCCACUCCCGUCUCGUCGCCUACCCCAUCCCCGAUGUCCCCAUGUUCUCCACCGUGAUCCAAGCCUGCGCGCGAGGCGACCAUCCCGCCCCGGAACGCGCCAUCGACCUGUUCACCGAAAUGACAGACGACAACGGCCUCCCGCCCUCCGAGCUCGCCUACAACGGCGUCAUCCGUGCCUGCGCGCGCGACGGCACGCGCGAGUACUACCACGAAGCGCUGCGGUUCAUGCGCCGCAUGCUCGACGACAACGUCAAGCCGUCACGGCAUACGUUCCAUGCCGUCCUUGAAGGCGCGAAGAAGCAUGGCGACUUGGCGAGGGCGAGGUGGAUGCUCAUCAAGAUGGUUGGCGUCGGUGGAGACGUCGCGCCGAAUGAUGCCACGCUCGCUCUGGUUCUCCAAGCGUAUGCGUGGUAUCGCCCGGUCGGCAAGGAGGACGGGAAGGCGAAGGAGGCGCAGGUACCGCCGGCGAAGCAGGAUGCGGACGCUCGCGGUGACGGAUCAAGCGCGAUAGAGACGGUCGAGGGAGUGGUCGAGGUGGAUGGCGAGGUGCACCCGGAGGACGACCCAGCCAACUUGUCGGCAGCACCAGCACCCUCUACUGGUUCGCCAAGCGCGGCCCAGAUCGUCGAGCUGCUCGGCGAAGAGUCAUUGUUCUACCCUGGCCCUCUUCCCACGACGUCGGCGGAAACUCUCGCCGAGGCACGCAAGCUCAUGCUACAGGUCGUCGACGCAUCCGUCCUCGACGCCACAACACCCGCUCCUCCUUCUCUUUCAGAAUCUCGCCCCUCUUCCACCAUGUUCCCACUCGUGGAGCCGACAAGCUUCCUCCUCAACUCGUACCUCAUCGUCCUCGCAAGGCAUGGCCCCUUCGCCGCCGCCACCAACUUCUUCGCGGCCGUCUACGAUCGCACGGGCGUCGUGAAGAGCCGCCACUCGUUCUCGGUUCUGAUGCAGCGCAUCGAGUUGCUAGAGAACGACAAGCAGGCGGUCGAGGCGGCGAAGAAGCUGUGGGAGGAGUGGCUCACGUGGAGCGAGACCCCUCUUCCUCCGUUCUCGCCGGAGGAAUACGAAGGGGAGAGCGCCGAGACUGCGCGGGAUAGGCGUUUGAGGGAAGAGGAGAAGUGGGCGCGGGAGAGGAGGAACGGCGAGAACGUCCGCGCCAUGUGGGGCGGUCUCAUCCGCGUCCUCGCCAGGGCGUACCGGGUCGACGAGGCGCUCAGCGUCCUCAAGCGCUUCUUCCAGACCUUCUCGCCCUACGUCGUCCGGGAACCCUUGACGCCGGCUCAGCAGCAACCAGCCGAUGCGCUUCCACUGCCGUCAACUCGCAACCCUCACCUCCCGAAGGUCCCCAUCCGCAUCUCGUCGAGCCAGUACCCCGAGACGGCGCCCUCCUUCGACCGACACCGUGCACCGUACCUCAGGUUCCAGGACCUGCGGGUGUUGCACCAGCGCUGCGUCGAACUCGAGGACAAGAAGGGCAUGGCGGUCGUCAAGGCUAUCACGGCGGCGUACGAAGGCGCGUUGUGGAGGGUGCGGAAGAAGGAGCUCGAAGCGGAGCGGCGCCUGGAUUGA